UUUGGUGAGGAUACCUUCAACCGGGCCAAGCUGCUCAAUGUGGGGUUCCUGGAGGCGCUCAAGGAUGACGAGGAGUAUGACUGCUUCAUCUUCAGUGAUGUGGACCUCAUCCCCAUGGACGACCGCAACCUCUAUCGCUGCUAUGAGCAGCCUCGACACUUUGCCAUUGGCAUGGACAAGUUUGGGUUCAGGUUACCCUAUGCCGGCUACUUCGGUGGUGUCUCUGGGCUGAGCAAGUCCCAGUUCCUGAAGAUCAACGGCUUUCCCAAUGAGUACUGGGGCUGGGGAGGAGAGGACGAUGACAUCUUUAACCGCAUCUCCCUGAAUGGCAUGAAGGUGUCGAGGCCUGACAUCCGCAUCGGGAGGUACCGCAUGAUCAAGCACGAACGUGACAAACACAAUGAACCCAACCCACAGAGAUUCACCAAGAUCCAAAACACCAAAAUGACGAUGAAGCGGGAUGGGAUCAGCUGGCUGCAGUACCG